AUGAUACAAAGGAAAAAACAGGUAUCAAAACCAUCGACGUCUAAGGCAACUAAUACAAAAUCUAAGGUAACAAAUACACGAGCUACUCAAAGGACAAGAAAGGCUAAAAUUUCUGAUUUCGAAGAUAUAUCCCAAGUACAAGAAAUCUCUGAUAAUGAUUAUGUAUUUGUUCAAGACAAAGUUCCAAAUAUGCAACAAAAUGAAUCUGAUGAUGAUCUCGAAUCUACUCUUAUUUCGCUACUUUCCAAGAAAAAAACCAAAGGAGUUGAUUUAAAACAUGCUCUUGAAUUACUACUUUCAAAAGAAAAGGCUAGAAAGGAUCAUGAUCAAAAUGGAAAUGAUCAUGAUUCAACUGAUCGAUCAUUAUUAAAUGAGAAGGAACAUCACCAUCAAAAUCUUGAUUCAAUUGAUCGGUCAUUGUUAAACAGAAAGGAAUAUUCCUAUCCAGAUUUAUCUAUUAGGUCAACUAAUGAAAGUUAUUAUGAAGAUGAUCAAUCUGAUUUGAAUUUUAGAUGGUUACCUACCAAGCGACUAUCUAAAGGAUUGAAUAUCGAAGAAAAUGACUAUCUAAGAAAAUUAUCUAACAAUUUAACUACAAAAACUUAUAACUUGAAAACUUAUUCUCGAGGGAUUAUUAAUAACCAAUUACAAUCAAAUAAAUUCAAAAGCCGUCAAGAAAUUAUUAUUCUUGAUCAAACACAAUUGAAUAGAUCUAACAAGCACCAUUAUGAUAGUGAUCGAGAGGAUGUAUAA